AAGAGAAAACAAGUUAGUUUGAAGUUGCUGACAAAGUGUGUGGGGAGAUGGUAAGGACAUUGAGUCACCGAGCACUACAACAUAGAAACAGACCCUAUGGCCCAUCUAGUCUGUUUGAUAAGGUGAGACUAGAGGAUUGUCAAGUUGCUGAGCUCUUUUGAUCAUCUGGAUUGCACCGAUUUCUGCCUAACUUUCUGAGUGUUUCCAGGGUUUUCUGUUUUUACACGAGAUUUCUAACAUCUACAGCAAUUUUUUUCCACUUGUGUCUGCUCUGGCAACUGCACAAGUCAUAAUUACACCAUCUAGCUCUAAAACACUCGAAUUAGUCAUUGCUGCAAAUGUUUGGAGUAAUUAUCCUGUUCACAUGAAAAUUAAGGGGUACUUCAAAUUUUCCUGAUCAAAAUGUGCAAUCUUUUUUGAGUUUUAUCAAAUGGAAACAGGCUCUUCGGUGCAUUGCAUUCAAUCUAGCCAUUAACAAUUCUUCAUUAACUCCUCUUACAAUUCCCAUCAACUAUUCCAAACCAUUUCUCCUUCAACUAACAUUGAGGGCAAUUUAUGGUAACUUAUUAAACUAUCAGCCAGCUGAUCAUUAAGAUGUUUGGGAAUGCUUUAGCACCCAGUGGAAACCCAUGUACCAGAAAUCAAGAUUCAACCAUUGCCACUAUCCCUUUGAUCAAAAUAAUUGCAAUACAAAGAAGCCUCUACUGCAGAGGUUCCUGAUUUUUGUUUAAAUGCCCUGAGUCCCUACCAUUAAGGAAACCCCUGUCCUUGAGGAGAAAUACUGAUAUCUUUGAGUUGUUUUGCACCUUGCAGUCAAGUGCAAUUACAGUGAAACUGGCUGAUGCAAUGUUCAGUGACAACAUUAGAUGCACCUCUGCAUUUUUGUGACUUACAGCUCAAAACAAAAUAAGUUAUGCUAUAUAUUCCCUCCCUGUUUCCUAUGGAUUUUUUAUUUGCUUUGCUUUUAACCCUCGACUAGAAAAAGAAAACUAAUAGCACUAUCCAACACUAAUUGAGAUUUUCCUGCAUUAAAGUUGUGUUUUCUUUCUCUUUACACGUGUUGUAAUCACUACUAGGAAUCUGGGCAGAGGAGGAGGAAAACAGGGCUGAGACAAGUAUGUUCUGAGCCAUGAUCAUACUAAAUGAUGGAGCAUACUGAAGGGAGUCUACCCCUCACUCUUUUAUUCUUGUUAACAAACAGGCCUCAAUCUUUGCAUGUAACACACAAGAUGCUGGACAAAUGUGGUAGGUCAGGCAGCAUUGAUGGAGGAUGGGCAGUCAAUGUUUUGGGUCCAGACGAUGAAACACUGACCAUUCAGUUCUCAGCAUAGACGCUGCCUGACCAGUUGAGUUCCUGAAACAUUUGGGGGUUGCUCCAGAUUCCAGCAUCUGCAGACUCUUGUGUCUUAAUUUUAUAUGGUGCUCAAUGGAAAAUGAGUUUUCCCACUUAAGUCAAAAUAACAUCUGAGCCACAGGCACGACAAAGUGAUAUUCAGCAAAGUUGAACUAAGAUCACUUUGAAGUUUGAAGUAAAAGUAUAUAUUAAUAAAGCACAAAGAGGUCUCCGAUCACUACAGAUAAAUCAUUUUAAACAAUGAUUAAUUUCAGAAAUCAUAAAUUAGCUGCACCAUGGUCAUAUCUGAGAUCUUAUGAGCAAAAUAUAAUCCAAAAAAAUGCAGAACAAGAGUUUGAGACAUUUAAUCUAGAACCAGAAGCCAAAACACUUAAUGAAAGUUAUAGUCUGAAGUAGAUUGUAUUGCUGAAAUGACACAGCUUAAUUUAGUUAAAUUCCAACCUUUUUAUUUGUGUUCUGCUUCAGUUUUGUCCUGCACACUGAGGUUACCACUUCAUCUGGUAUUGGCCAUUACAUGUGGCCUACAGACCCCUAAAUUCAAUAAAAUCUUCAUGUGGUUUCCCACUGAAAGAUGAAGAUCUGUUGCUCAGCUGGAAAAUUACCUCCUUGAAUAUUUGGGAUAAAGAUUGGAAAUGUUCGGAAUACUCAGUAGGUUGGGGUGGGGGUGUAGGAGAGAGAGAUGAAGUGAAUGUUUCAGGUCAAUGGCUUUUCAUGUUGGGGUUUUUGUUACAGCAAAAAGUGUGGUGUGAGAGUUGACAUUAAGAAAGUCGGGUACUGCAGGUCUACACCAUCAGCGAGCUGCUUGUUAGCAGAGGAGCUGGACAGUGUGGAUGGUGUUACCACUUGCUACAGGAAUUCAUCAGAGUCGAUGCACAAAGGCAGUCUACAGUCUAACGGCGAAUGAUUACCUUGUACGUUUCUCUUGUGAUUGCAAGGCCCCGUUGGAUGUUGAUAAUGUAAAAUGUCGCAAGUCCUUUUCCCUUGUUUAUCUGCAAAAUAGAUGGUGGGGCAGCUGCGUGGCCUCAGUUGUACUGAGGACUAUGCCUGAAGUCAUGGGCUUGCCUGUUGAAGUUGUUCAAGAGAGGAGACUUUGGAGCACGGCGUUCAUGCUGGGUUGAGCGCCGCCCCCUUUCCUUCAGUGCUUCCCGCCAGAGUUUGAUCAGUGCAAUGAAGCUAGAUUGAGUGUGUGCGUACACUCAUAUGCGGACUGCUGAGAACUGCUUGUUCUUGCUGUUAACACCCAUGAAACAUCAAUUUACAGGACGUCACUUUUUAUGUUUACUGCUAUCUUCUAUGUGCUACAUGUGCCUUGUGCCGUGCGUGACUUGGUACUGUGGUUUGCUCCUUGGGCCCGGAGGAACAUUGAUUGUAUUCAUGGAAAUUCAGGUAUGGUUGAUGAUAAUUAAACUCGAACUUAAGCUUGAAGUUGAUUUCCCAUUACCUGUAUGAUCACAAUGCAGGUAAAUGUGCAGGAUACACAAUGCAAUAUUGUUCAGGUUCAACCAUGGCCAAGAAAGUACCUGAGUCCCAUUACAUCCCCAGGAGGCCAAAGAAAUUCAGCACGUCCCCAAUGAUCCUUACCAGUUUUUAUAACCAAAUCAUAGAACACAUCACAGUUUGGUAUGACAACUGCUCUGCCCAAGACAGUAAGAAACUGUAUUCAGCACAUCACAAAAACCAGCCUCCCUUCCAUGGACUUACACUUACUAAAUCCAUUCACCCUUCUCCCUUACCUCUCCCAUUGGACUUGAUGCAAAACCUAGGCUCAAGGACAGCUCCAAUCUCACUGCUGUAAGAAUCGUUCUGUGGCGACCCAUUUCCUGGCACAUCCGAACCGACUCACAAUUAGAUAGCCUACGGGGGUUUGCGAGCACAGAGCUUUGGAGCCUCUGCGCCAUGGGGGGCAGGUUGAGGGAGGCUUAAAAGUGAGGCUGAAGAUUUCGAAUAAAGUUUUUUUCCUUCGACUGCAGUUACCGACUCCGUGUCGUAAUUUUAGCGCUGCGUGUAGCACACCGCUACAGUUCCCUGUUAUGGUAAGAUGGCCUCUUAACCAUACAAUCUAUCUUAUCUUGGCCGUACACCUUAUUGACUUCCUGCACUGCAUUUUUCUGUAACGCUAUAUUCUGUAUUUCAUUCUUCCUUUUCCCUUGUACUACCUCACUGGCAAGAAAUCCAACAUGCAACACUCACUUUCAUGUUAAGUCCUUAAACUUGCCCACUCUCUCACACGGAGAUUGAGUAAAGUAAGAACAGCUGAAGACCAUUUGACCCAUAACCAGUUCAGUACUACCAUGCCAUGUUCAUCCUUUCUCUUUGACACCCUUUUGCCUGAAAAAAUUAUCCAUCUCUUUGAAUUUAUUCAGGGACUUGGUCGCCACAACCUUAGUGGCAGUGAACUCCAACCUGUGUGAACUCCCCUCAUUUCAGAUAUCAAAGCCAGGGUAAAUAUUCUCUUUACAGUCAGUUGAACUCUUGAGCUCUGUAGUUUUUCAAUAUAUCCCAUCCUAAAUUAUAAUGAAUACACUUCUUGUUGACUGGGUUCCUACCAUCUUAGAAAUUAGCCUGGUCAACCUAGGCUGCAUUUCCUCAUAUAGUAAGUACAUCCUCUCAGUUAGACUUCAAAUCCCUGUCCAAAACUGCAGUGGUUUUAAUCCCCAUGAAUUUUUUGGGUUUAACUCUUGGAUGGUUUUAAAUGCACAAGGGCUAGUUUUUGGGCUCUAAAUCUCUUUUUGUGGUUGCUCAUUUUAACCCCUAGUUUGACUGCUUCGACCUUAAAUAAAGGAAAUUGCAGAGGUUUGCAGCACAUGGGUGGUAUUGGGUCUUAACUUUAUGGACAAGGUGUGUAGUGCUUUAAAUCCAGAAAGAAUUCUAUACAGGCAGACGUGGCUUGAUUUUAAAAUCUCCCCUGGGAUAAUGCUGGAUUUUGAAUCUUUUCUAAAUUUGUUACAAUUUUACAGUAGUAAUUAUACAUCAGACAUACUUUGACACACUGAGGUAGUCAAAAAUAUGGAUGAUAGCCGCUGUGUUUCAACAAGCUGUCCUAAAGUGCUCUGCCAAAUAAAUAUUUUGAAGAUAAUCUCUAAGGUAGGUACAUGGUAUCACUGCAGAUGAAAAGUAUAAAUCUUUCUGGGGAUGUUACUUAAGGAAUAAUGCCAGGGCAUUUGGAAAUGUUUAGUUGAAUGACUGAGUUGACAAAUUCCUGUCAUAAUUCCUGUCAUCAGUGCUAUAUUUUAAAUGUGAAAAAUCUUUAGAGCACGUGCACUUUAUAAGUGACUUCACUUUUCAAUUAAGUUCCACGUUAGUCUCCAGAAGGUGGGCUUCAACUACGAGACCUCGGGCUGCCUGCAACUACAGAAAACUUACAUUACCACCCGCACACAGCAAGACAAACGGUGGAAGGGGAGACCAGCUAGGACUUCAUAUAAUCAUGAGAGGCACAGAUAGGGUAGUCAGCCAGAAUAUUUAUCGCAUGGUAGAAAUGACGAAAUAUAGAGGGCAUAGCUUUAAAAUGAGAGGGGAAAUGUUUUAGAGGCAAGUACUUGGAACUUGUUGAUACGUGUGGAGGUGGAAGCAGGCGCAAUAAGGGCAUUCAAGAGUUUUAAAACGUACAUGGAUAUUGUUUCAUGUGUUGGCAGAAGGGAUUAGUUUCAUUCGGCAUCAAGAUGGUGAGUGGAAGACCCGGUUCCUCUGAUGUACUGUUCGAUGUUCCAUGAAAUGGUGGAAAUUGGCCGAGCUCAAAGAUCAGACGGGAUUUUGUUCCAGAUUCCUAACUCCUCCUGAUCUUAGUGGAAUCGUGCUGCUGAAGCAAGUUCCUGGGCAGGCGUCUGUAUUUGCGAGCGUAGGGAACGGGCUGGGAUUUGUUUCAACUCCCGGCGAUACUUUUGCCUGAAAUCCCGGAGGGAGGAAGCUCGAGGAGUUGAAAUCGGCGGGCUGGAUGCGGGGCGGGAUUUAAAGCCCCAGCCGCCGCUGACAUGGCACCUUUAAGGGGCCGGAUCUGGACGAGCCGCCAAUCAGCGGAGCGCUUCGGGCCGCGUUAAAGGCGCUGCUGCCGGCGCUGGGAAGCCGCAGAGCGGAGCAUGGAGCGGCCGCGGUCCGGGGCCUUGCUCCGCCCCUGGAAGCGGCUGGGCUGAGUGCGGCGCGAAGCUGAGCGGCUGGCGACAGGGACCCCCACUCCUCCUCAGCAGGGAGAGAGCGGGCCUGGGGAUGGCGCCCCGGUGCCGGCGCUCCUGGCUGAGCGUGCUGCUGGGCCUGGUGCUCGGCUUCGCGCUGGCUUCCUGGCUCAUCCUCCCUCGGGCCUCCGAACGGGGACAGGCGCAGCGCCAGUGGGUGCGAGCCGUGUGCGGCCGCCGGGGGCCCGGGGCCGGCCGGCUACACGCGUCGUCGCCGUCGGCCUCCGAAGCCCCGGCCUCGCGCUUCAUGUACGUGGGGGUGAUGAGCGCCAAGAAGUACCUGAAGAGCCGGGCGCUGGCGGCCUACCGGACCUGGGCCCGGCACAUCCCCGGCCGGGUGGAGUUCUUCUCCAGCGAGGGCUCGGAUCUGAGCCUGCCGCUGCCCCUGGUCGCCUUGCCCGGCGUGGACGACACCUACCCGCCGCAGAAGAAGUCCUUCCUGAUGCUCAAGUACAUGGCCGAGCGGCACCUGCAGCAAUUCGAGUGGUUCGUGCGGGCCGACGACGACACCUACAUCCGCGGCGAGAAGCUGGAGAGCUUCUUGCGGGGCCUCAACAGCAGCCAGCCGCUCUACCUGGGCCAGACCGGCCUCGGCGCCCCCGAGGAGAUGGGCAAGCUGGCGCUGGAGCCCGGUGAGAACUUCUGCAUGGGCGGCCCGGGCGUGGUGCUGAGCCGGGAGCUGCUGCGCCGGGUGCUGCCUCACAUCGGGCAGUGCCUGCGGGAGAUGUACACCACCCACGAGGACCUGGAGCUCGGCCGCUGUGUGCGCAGGUUUGCCGGCGUCCAGUGCGCUUGGUCGUACGAGAUGCAGCAGUUAUUUUAUGAGAACUAUGAACAGAAUAAGAAGGGCUAUAUACAGAACCUCCACAAUAGCAAGAUCCAGCGAGCGAUCACUCUGCAUCCGAACAAGAGCCCAGAGUAUCAAUACCGGCUUCACAGCUACAUGCUGAGUCGUCGGAUCUCGGAGCUUCGCCAUCGCACCAUCCAGCUUCACCGGGAGAUUGUGCUGAUGGGCAAGUACAGCAACACCGAACUUCACAAAGAUGACAUUCACUUGGGAAUUCCACCUUCCUUUAUGCGGUUCCAACCUCAACACAGGGAAGAGGUUCUGGAAUGGGAGUUCCUGACGGGGAAGUACCUUUAUUCAGCAUUUGAUGGAGAGCCACCAAGAAGAGGGAUGGAUUUUUCUCAGAAAGAAGCUUUGAAUGACAUUGUAAUGCAGUUGAUGGAAAUGAUCAAUGCUAAUGCUAAGUCCAGGGGACGGAUUAUUGACUUUAAAGAAAUUCAGUACGGUUACCGAAGGGUUAACCCUAUGUAUGGGGCAGAGUAUGUACUUGACCUGCUGCUUCUCUAUAAAAAGCACAAGGGAAAGAAGAUGACUGUCCCAGUGAGGAGGCAUGCUUACCUGCAGCAAACUUUCAGCAAGGUCCAGUUUUCUGAGAGUGAAGAGAUUGAUGCGGCAGAUUUGGCCAACAGCAUUAACAGGAUCUCACAAUCUUUCUCCAUCCUCUCAAACCCCCUGCAGAUAUUUCUUCCCUUCCAACUUAGAGCGAGUAAUGUUGGGCAAGAGAAGCCCAAAGACCAGAAAAUCAACAUCUUGGUCCCUCUGUCUGGUCGUUUUGAAAUGUUCGUGAGAUUCAUGGAAAACUUUGAAAGGACUUGUCUGAUUUCAAAUCAGAAUGUCAAGUUAGUUAUCUUGCUACUCAGUUCUGAUUCCAAUCCAGAUAAAACAAAGCAAUUGGAAUUGACAAGAGGUUAUCAAGUGAAAUAUCCCAAAGCAGAGAUCCAGGUUCUUCCAGUACUUGGAGAGUUUUCCAGGGCUCUUGCGCUGCAUUAUGGAGCUGCCCAGUUUAGUAAUGAUUCUCUACUUUUAUUUUGUGAUGUUGACUUGAUUUUUUCAAUAGAUUUUCUGCAGCGUUGCAGAAAUAAUGCUGCACCAGGGAAGCAAGUGUACUUCCCAGUUAUCUUUACCCAAUUUGACCCAAAGAUUGUACAUGCAGGGAAAUCUCCCAAUAAUAACAACUCUGCUUUUACAAAAAAUACUGGAUUCUGGAGAUACUAUGGGUUUGGGAUCUCGUGCAUUUACAAAAGUGAUCUUGUACUUGCUGGUGGAUUUAACAUCUCGAUCCAAGGCUGGGGAAUGGAGGAUGUGGAUCUCUACAACAAAGUCAUUCAGGUUGGUUUAAAACCAUUCAGGAGUCAAGAAGUUGGAAUCGUUCACAUCCACCAUCCAAUCUACUGUGAUCCAAACUUGGAACCAAAUCAGCACAAAAUGUGCUUGGCCUCCAGAGCCUCAACCUAUGGCUGUACUCAGCAGCUGGCAGAACUGUGGCUAGAGAAACAGCAGUCUGGUCCCAGCAACAUCAGCACACUUGAUAGUUCAAAGAGGACAGCAUAAUAUCCAGCUUAGCUGGAGAACUUUCUAAUUUAUUUUUUAAUGUUUUUAUAAAGCAAAUUGAUUAUAUUGUACAUAAUUGUUUUACAGAAAACAUUUUACAUUGAAUAAUGGAACUGAGUGUUCACGUCAGUGUUGCUGGCUGCACAGGCCCUAUUUAAUAUGCUAGUGAAUGUUAGGAUGAUUAAAGAAUUACAUUGUUUAAUGUAUGUUGCUCCAGUUAGCAGAGCAGAGAGUUGGGGCAACGGGAAUCAGCCCAAUAUCAUGACUGUCCAGCUCCCCAAAAUUUUCUAGAUCUAACUUUUAUAAUGUGAAUGAUUUGGCUAUAAUAUUUAAAAAUUUGUAAGGGUUUGAGCCCACUUAAUUGUCAGGGCUAUUGCACACUGACUAAGUUGUUAAUCCAUAACUUUUAUUUGACAUUUAGUCAAUGAACCUAGUGUAUCAAGAUAUCAUUUGGUUGUUAACUUUGUUCCUUCUUUGUCAGAGUGUAUAGAAUUUAGACGGCAACCUUGUGAAGUAAUGACUAAGUUAUGAUUAGUUUUUUUCAAUGAAUGUGUAUAUCUAGGAGAGCUUGGCUUUUUUGUGGAGGUACUUGAUUAGUGGCUGUCUGGUUUGGAUCAGUCAUUUCUGUGAUUCUCUAUUAUUGCCAUGCCAUUCUCCCAUUGCCCAAUGUUGCUGGUUUGUUUUGCCCCCUCUGCAGCAACUUCAACUUGUGGUUGUGUUCUGAGUUGCAUGCACACAGCCUUUUUUAAAAGUGUUGUUUUCAUCUGCCGUCAAAGCCCUCCUCCACAAAGUAAGCUCCUCCAUUCCUGUAGUAGACUUAUUUGAGCCAUAGAUCUAGAAUGUAGGGAUUUUUAAUAUUUUUAUAAUGUUUGCAUAGAAAGGAAAUACAGGUUUAUCCUUUAAAAUAACGAUUUUCCUCGGGAUGCAGACUCCAACACUCCAUCCUGAUCCAAAAGUGUAAAUUUUGGCCUUUGGUUUGGCUAGAAAGUACUUCACAGGCAAUUCAAGCAGAGGGGAAUGAACCAUAUCUUUAAGAUUGCUGUCUCAUCUUUGUGUGCAUUAUUUGCAGAGCUGCCUUUUCUCUGAAAGCUGAUUUUCUUUUCUCUCUUCAAACCAUCACCAUUGGUAUUGGUGCUUGAUUUUGAAAAUUCUACCUCGUAGUCCAGUUCUUCCAUUGAAUCAGUUUCUUUACUUAGAUUGUGGAUCCAACACUGCAAGGCCACCUUCCCAACAGUCAAUCCCUUCCCAACUGAUGUCAGUCCAGCUUUUUUUUUAAUAUAUAAAAAGGAUUUCAUUUGAGCCCAAGUGAGCUCCCUAGACAUCUGUAUAUGUGUGUAGUUAUUCAUUUACUGCAAACAGAGUUAACCAUGGGAUGCUUUAUUAGAGCUAACGUUGAAGGAAAAGUUGUCAAGAAGAAAAUGUUUGUAUAUGUAUUGAUGGAGUGUUGGAGCAAUGUUUAUUGAUGGUGUGAUCUCAAGAACUGACUCGUUACGGAAACGACGAUAGAAAAAAAACUUUCAGAAGAAACGACUUCUCUCUAAAGUGGAGGUAGUUUAACAGUGGCUUCAACAUAACACUAAAUUUUUAAAAGCUAUGGUUGAUUUCCUUCUAUCUUUCACUAUUUGCAUGGUUGUCUGCUGAUCUCAUCUUUAUGAUAUUUCAAUAUUUUGUAGCAUUAAUUUGCAGGAUAGUCUAACCAAGGCCAAUGGAUUCUCUGUUAAUUGAUAAGGUGGUACCUGAACAACUCAUCUUGCAACCUCACCACAUACAGGGUUCACUUGUGUGCUUAUUUGUCAAAUAUUAAUCAUUUUAAGCCUCUUUCCAUAUUUUCUGCCAGUCCCUAUGAAUUAAGCUAAGCUUAGUGAGUUUCAUCGGCAGAAGACAAAGAGGACAUCCCAAAGAAAUACAGAAGUCAUUCAGCAAGAACUUUGUAGAAAUUUAACAAUACUUUGUUUCCAGUAACUGCUUCAAAUGGUUUCAAGAGCUAGCUACGCACAUAUCUACGUUAAUUUUCCAGUCCAGAACAGAAUAUUGCACAUGUGCAUUCUAAUAGAUAAGAUUAUCAUUGACAAAAAAUAUCCCAUCCCUACUAUUUCAGUGAAUGGGUAAAAUGCUUAUACUCAUUUUUUAAACAUUUAAGUAGAAAUGGAUUGACCAAAUUCGGAAUUAGUUUCUACCUCCCAUUGUCCUUCAGUUUUCUCAUUCUUUGAUGAUGCUUUGUUGACUUGCAAAAGCUCUUGUUCCCCAAUACCAUUUCCACGUUAACAAGUGACGAAAGCUGUUUCAGCUUGCUCUCUAAUAAUCAUUCAUUUUAUUAAAGUGCUGUGGGUCCCGAAGCCUUCCCACAGGUAAUGUAUCACAUAUUGGGGUUGCAAACCAGAAUUUUAUUUUGGAUCAAUGUGGAGAGGUCUAGAUUUGUUUACACUGGGAGGCCCUAUUUGACAUUCCAGACAGUAUCAUGUACCUUGGCAAUUGUUUCCUGCUUGUUAUUUCAGAGUCUAGCACCUUGUAGAGUAUUAUGUCAUGGAAACUGAACCCUUAGUAUGCCAUCUAUACUACUCCCAUUUUCCAUUACCAAUGCAUUACUUGUCACUCCACCUAGGAUUUUAAGGGAAAUUUUCUGAACUAUAUUUUGCUUUGAACAUAGAUCUAUUAUAUGCAGUGGAAACUUAAGUGCAAGAAACUUAAUUUUGUUUGUCAAAGAUUUACAGUUUCAAAUUGGAUGUGUUCGUAAUUUUGAGGAAGACUAUUUUCAUAGCCAAAAUAUCUCCACAUCUGUAGUGAGUCUCACAUUGGGACAAUUAGUUUAUUUUUAGGUUUCAAACUGUGAUGCAAUUUAAUAUUUAUCUAUUAUUUUCCAUCUUUUGCAUUGCACAUUUGUAACUUUAAAGCUCCAUGCAAAAUUCUUAACUCCUUUGUACUUGUGUACAGUCUGGUUUAUUAAAUUUGAAUAAAGUUCAAGUUUUGUUUUGACUUAUCAAUAAAUACAGUAUUUUAA